GAUGCUAUCUUGCGCAGAAAUGAGUGUCCUCUUCUGCAGCUGACCCACUACUUUCCUGGCCGAAUCGGAAUUUCAAAUGAUUCAUGCGGAACCUAGCCCCUCGACUAUGUUGCUCUACGUUUGGUUAGCGAUGUCUUUUGCCAUCUCUGUCACACAACUUCUAGUGACAACGCAACCAGAAUGGAUUGUAAAUCGCGAGCAGAUUCAGGGCCUUUUCGCCUUGUGUACGGCCUGGGGCUGUGAACUGCGAGAAGUGACGGCUUUGGUCCCCUUGUUCUUUCAUGCCGUCGGUUCGUUGCUAUUUUUACUCUCGGCUAUCGCCCUCGUGCCAGCCAUUUUCUGCUCAGCCACUGCUGCUCCUCUUCAGACUAUUGCUCAUCUGCAAAUUGCCGCUGCCAUCUUCAUGGGUCUUUGCUCAUUUAUUGUGCCUAUAAACAUGAAUGAUAUCGGCUGUACGGUACCUCAGCUGCUUCGAUCGUCUGUAUGCAGAGUUGGUUGGGCCUAUGCAGCGUCUUCGGUCUGUAGCCUAAUCUCGAUCUGUUGUCCAGUGCUUGGAAAACUAGCGUCAGAUGACAGAAGACGAUAUGCUCUCUUACAUCAGGGGGAGCACUAUUUGUAG